GAUCCCCGGAAUCUUUUCGUGAUCGGCGGAGAUGUGGAUACCCUUGGGGAGCAGUUUGAUUGGAAGAGAUUCUCGGAUAUGUCGGGUGGUCCAGAACGUUUCAUGACCGAGGCGCCCAAGUUCAUCAACCGUGCGGAGCAGGUCGUACCAGUUUUCAGCGCUUUGGAGCUUUUCCUAUCGAUCCUCGCGGCGGCUCCGGAAAGGGAGCAGCUGCGGAUGACCCGCUAUUGGUAG